CCAGCAGCUGAACAGUUGACUAUCAUUUUGUUAUCCUUGUCGCGUGUUCUCGCUCUCUCUCGCUCUCUCACUCGCUCGCUCUCGAUCUCUUGUUGUUAGUGUUGCGCGCCUAUCAGACGCGGUAUUUGAAAUGCCGUCGCUACGUUUCGCAUAGUUCGUAGCAUACUUUUUAGUGCAACAUAUCAAACAACAACAACAACAGCAACAGCAACAGAAAAUUUGAAAUAUGUUUUGGAUUUUACGUCGCACGGGCGCUGCCAAUUUUUUCAACUCGUUCAACAACAACUGCAGCUUCAGCAGCAAGGGAAAUGGAAAUGGUGGCGCCACCGGCGGUGGCAACCACAAUAACAGUACACAGGAUAAAUACGUGAAGCGACCGCCACGCAAGGCAUAUGGAAGGUUAAGCGCUGAGGCAGACGAUGUCGUGUCUUUUGGCCAUAAAAUCGAUGAUCCUUUCGAUGAGCUCGACGAUUUUGAAAUGCUGGCACCUGGCAGCAGCAGCAGCAAUACCGGCGGCAGUCACCACAACCACAACAGCAACACAAAUACCAACGGCAAUAGCAACAGCAACAGCAACAAUGUCAAUGGCAAUGGCAAUGACGAGGCUAAUGGCAAUGAGAAGGCCAACCUGGAGCUAUUGCCGUGUACGAACGCGGAUUGUCAGGGCAACUUUGUGGUGGAGAGCGCUCUGUGCGAGCUAGGCUUGUGUCAGGCCAAAGGCAAAUCAUCAAAGGACCUGUCAGCGGCUGCCAUGUCCAUGUCCAUGUCCGCAUCCAGCAAGCAGAUUAACGAAAGCACAAUAAGCCGACUUCACGCAUUGGCCAUGGCCGACGAUGACGAUGACUACGACGAAUCGCUUACCUGCAAUGUUUGUGAUCGCUCCUUCCAUUGUCAUCGGCAGUUGGCCUCGCAUCAGCAGAAGAAGCGACACUUUGGCUGCAGCGGCUGCGAUAGUUUGUUCCCGUCGCUAAUGCUGCUGGAGCACCAUAAGGAGGAAUUCGAGCACUGGAGUGAUGAUGAAAUUGGUAGACGUGUUUGCUGCCGUCGCAAUCGCUGCGACGAUGAUUAUUUCACGGACACCGACUCUUACAUAAGCGAUGCGGAAAGCGAGGACCUCGAAAGGUUGUUGUAAACAUCCUACAGCAGCGACAGCUGCUCCUCUGUUGAGCACCACAGCAGCUGUUGCCGUCAAAAGUAAAGCGUGUGAUGUCAAAAGGCAAAGCCUUUGAGAGCUGGCAUUGUACGGCGUCGAUUGUAAGGACUGUAAAUGCCGAAAGAAUGCCGUGCGCCGAGAUGGCCGGGAGUGUACCGGAGCGAAUUUGGCCGUAAUAAAAAUAAAUUAAGCCAGCUGACAAGCAAAGUCCGCAAACAAUGAGAAAUGCGACCCCUCACAAAAAAAAAACCUGAACCGAAAAUUAAGUUGAAUGAAUUUCUUUUCGAUCCAGCAUAUUGUACUAUUUUUAGAGUUUAAGUGCAGACCUCUAGCAAAGGUCUUAAAACAAAUUCAAAUAUACUAUAUAUGCAACUGUAUGCAUAACGAUCAAAUAAAUGUGUAUAUGUACACAUUUAGAGUGUACAUGUAAAGAGCUAAAAGAAAACACAACCCAAAAAUGAAUUCAUAUCAUAAAAUGCAUAUGUGUA